AUGCGGAAAAACACUUUGCGCAAUUACAGCUUUGUGAAGCCCAAAAGUCGGUUCAACCUUCUAUUGCUCGAACCUGGAGAACAAUAUUUGAAUGACUGUGCAUGUGUGUACUUUGAUACUAAUCGACAGCAAGAAGUUAUGGGCACUUUGAAAAUAUGCUCGUUCUCAGUGUUUUUUGCUUCAGACGAACAGUCGUUUCCUAUUCGCCGAAUUCAAUAUGACAACAUUUAUGAACUUGUGAAAACCCCCAACAACGAAAUUAUUAUUAAAUCAAGUAAACACACCGAUAUGAAAGAACAAAAUGGGAUCAAGCCAUAUAACAGUGUUGAAGUUGACAAGACACACCAAUUGACUCCAAAAUUUGUGAACUUUGAGGAAAUAUUCCAAUUACUCAAUCGCAUGCACAAACUAUUUAAAUCCGGAGAUAAGGAAGAUGUCUACGUCUACGCAAAUGAAUACAUUAACUCUCGACUUGACUCCCUCCAACCUCAUAUCGGAAUGUUUAAAAGAGUCGACGAGACUAUUUUAGAAAAUUGUCCAGCUACACAGAUCCUUCCUUUAAUGGAAAUUUCGGGGAGAUUUGUCCUCACACAAUACGCAUUUUACUUCAUCCCUUAUGUCGAAGAAAACAUCGCAACGAAGAGUGCAAAUUUGAAUGAUGUUGUCUACUUAUUUCGCCGGAGGUAUGUCAUGCAACACACUGGUCUUGAAUUCUUCUUUCAAAAGACGUCGACGUUCAUUGUGUUCAGUUCGCCAGAGGUCAGAAACAAAGUCCAAGCGACAAUUUACAACUCGACGAAGUGUAAAGUGAAGCCGGACGAUGGGAGUCAAUUCAAUGAAAUGAUAAAGAAGUGGAAGGAAAGGUCACUUUCCAAUUAUGAAUACCUCAUCUAUUUGAAUUUCCAAGCGGGAAGAAGUUAUAAUGAUUUAACACAAUACCCCGUCUUCCCUUGGGUUCUCUCAAAUUACACGUCAGACUCUCUCGACUUGAAUGACACGACAAAUUUCAGAGACUUAUCGAAACCUAUUGGCGCAUUAAAUCAUGAACGGUUGGACAAAUUACGUGAUAGAAUGAUGGAGAUGAACCCCCCUCUCUUCUUGUAUGGUACACACUACUCCACACCAGCGUAUGUUGUGUUUUUCUUGGUCCGAUUAGUGCCUGAGUUUAUGUUGCAUCUGCAAAAUGGCGUCUUUGAUAAGCCGGAUCGAAUAUUCAGCUCAAUUGAAGAAUGUUGGAAUGGCGUGUUGAGCCACACAAGUGAUGUUAAAGAACUUGUGCCUGAGUUCUAUCAAAACACUAGUUUUCUGAAUAACAAAGACCAUGUAUAUUUUGGGUAUAGAACUACACAAGACAUGAUCGACUCAGUCAGACUCCCAAAGUGGGCAACAACACAAGAAGACUUUGAACAGAUCAUGAAAGACGCUCUUGAGUCUGAUUAUGUAUCAGAGAAUAUCAAUAAAUGGGUCGACCUCAUCUUCGGCUAUUUACAACGACCGCCAGCAGCAUUUGAUGCGGAUAAUGUGUUUUACCCCGCAACGUAUGAAAAUGAUUUUAUUGAUACUAAGACAAUCAGUUUUAAAGAUCAAGCAAGAGAAUUCGGACAAACACCUUCACAACUCUUUGAAAUCCCAUCACCAGAAAGAAACUCUUUGGUUCAAGUAAACUACCCAGUACCACCGUUACAAGCCGUCGAUGUCAGAGACUCAUUCACAUUCACUCCGUUGAGUCGCAUUGACUUCACAUGCAGUGUCACACCUAAGACGAGACACGUCAUCGAAAUUAAAGGGCUCGACAAGCCCCUCAUUCUGGAAGCAGUCAACAUCGACUUGGACGAACCAAAGGAAAUAUCGGGGACACCUAUCAAAGAGCAGCAACCGCAGCAAAGACUCGAACAAAGGACGAAUUCGUCGGGGUUCUUUUCGUUCAGUGGGUUCUUUGGCAAGAAAAAGUAA